UCAUCAGUGAUCCGAACAAGAUGGAUGCAAUUUCUCGACCAGAGCCGUUCAAUUUCCAUGGAGUAUGGAUGACUCACCUUUUCACAGACAACUGGGAGACCGUCCAAAACUUUCAGGCCAGGCCGGAUGAUGUGCUUAUUAUAUCAUACCCCAAAGCAGGAAACACAUGGGUCUCCUACAUCCUUGACCUGCUGCAUUUUGGUCAGACAUCUCCAGAGCGACACACAUCUAUCCCGCUCCAAGCAAGAGUGGUUACCUUGGAGAUCUGCAUACCAUUUUGGAAAGGAUCAAGGCCCUCUCAACCCAUAAUCAAAGGAACAGAUCUGCUGGAAAACCUCCACACCUCUCCUCGAAUCAUCAAGACUCAUCUUCCAGUCCAGUUUGUACCCAAGUCUUUUUGGGAGCAAAACUGCAAGAUAGUCUAUGUGGCCCGCAAUGCAAAGGACAGUGUGGUGUCCUAUUUUCAUUUUGAACACAUGAGCAUGAUUUUCCCAGAGCCUGGAGACUGGAGCAGCUACGUCCAGAGAUUCAUGGAGGGAAAGAUGGUGUAUGGAUCAUGGUAUGACCAUGUGAGCGGCUGGUGGGAGAAGAAACAGAGUUAUCCAAACCUCCAUUACAUAUUCUACGAAGAUCUGAAUGAGGAUACUGGACUGGAAAUAGACAAACUCUGCAGCUUUCUUGGUUUGUCUCCUUCAGCUGAGGAGAAAGAAGCAAUUCUCGGCAGAGUGCAGUUUGAUGACAUGAAAAAUGAUAAGAUGGUCAACAAUUCAAUGUUCAAAGUGAUGGAUUUCAAGAAGUCUUCCUUCAUUAGAAAAGGGAAAGUUGGUGACUGGAAGAACCAUUUCACUGUGGCCCAGAGUGAAGAGUUUGAUGAAGACUACAAGAAAAAGAUGAAAAAUCCCUCACUGCAGUUUCGUACUGAAAUUUAG